AAAAACAGAAUGAAGGAGGCAAUGUCAAAUAACAGUACGACAAGUAUAUCUCAAGCAAGAAAAGCAGUGGAACAACUAAAAAUGGAGGCAUACUUGGACAGGAUAAAGGUAUCCAAGGCUGCUGCUGAUUUGCUGGAAUACUGUGAUGCCCAUAUGGGAGAAGAUCCACUUAUUAUACCAGUGCCUGCGUCUGAAAAUCCCUUCAGGGAGAAGAAGCUGUUGUGUACUAUUCUUUGAAUUCCCUUAAAAUGAAAAAAAAAAUGUCCUUUGUGAAAAUGUGACUGAUGGUGCAUGCUUUUCCUGAAGACCUCAUCUGAGUUACACAAUAAUUUAGUUCAGUAGUGACUUUUUAAGAAA